AUGCUCCCCUGGGACUGGGACAUCGACACCCAAGUCAACACUAGUACCCUCCGCCGCAUGGCCGACCAUUUCAACCACACCAUCUGCCACUAUAAACCUGAAGACAACCAGCCCAAUCGUGACUACCUACUAGAUGUCAACCCGUACUCCCGACAACGGGAACGAGGACAGGGCCAAAACAUCAUCGAUGCCCGCUGGAUCGACACGCGCAAUGGGCUCUACAUCGACAUCACAGGCAUUAGUGAGAUUAACCCGGAAACAGAGCCGGGAAUCCUCCAGUGCAAAAACUUCCACAAGUAUAAGAUAUCGGAUAUAUAUCCCAUGCGAGAUAGCAUGUAUGAAGGCGUCCCCGCUAGGAUUCCGUAUAAGUAUUAUGAAAUUUUGGUUAAGGAGUACGGGCCUAGUGCGUUGGUCAUAAAGGAUCAUGAGGACCACUACUGGGACCCAAUUCUUGAAUUAUGGAUACCAGACGAGAAACGAAUAGCCGCAACCGCGAAGUUGACUCCCGAAGAGAGAAAAAUGAAACAAGACGAUGACAAAAGGAUACGCGAAGAUGAGAUCAGACAGCUUUCUAAACAAAUGGGUCUCAUCUGA